AUGUCUUUUGGCCAUGGUGAAAAUAUUUACAAUCCUUAUCCUGGAAGUUAUGCGACGGACCAGUAUGGAGUGGGACAUUACAGCAAUUGGGGCAACCAGUUAUACGGAAAUGAGUACAAUAACCAAACUUUUUCUGGGCAAGAACAUAACAGUUACAGUAUGAAUAUAACCUACCCCGAUACCACUACAAAUGCCAUUUUGCAAUGGGGAUUUGACUCUGGCACAUCCAACACAAUGCCUGUCUCAACUAACACAGCCGUUACAGACGACGUACCAACAACAGCGGGGCAAAUCCCGUAUAAUUCUGCAAUCACGCACACGGACUUUUGCCCGCAAUUUCAACUCGGGGGUCAGAAUUUGAAGCCACCAACGACACGCCGAAAGAGAAAAAUCAACAAAAUUCAAAGAGUGGCCGCAAACAUGCGCGAGAGGCGGCGCAUGACCCAUUUAAACGCCGCCUUUGAAGAGCUAAAGGAAGCAGUGCCCACCCUCCCCCACGAGAAAAAACUAUCACGGAUACAAACACUGAAACUGGCCAUGUACUACAUUGAGUUUAUGACGAGAACUUUACACGGGACGCCUUAUCCGCCCUUUCCUACUACACGGCUGACAGAGAGUGGACUGCAAGGUGCUGCUACAACUAAUUCGGAAUCCUUCGAUGGGUAUAAAGAGUGGGAGGAAAAUAUAGACGACGAGCAACUUUAG